ACUACUACUACUACUACUCAGCUUUAAUUAGUCAAGUUCAGCAGAAACAAACAAACAAACAAAAACCAAAAAUUAAUCACACAACCAUGGGUGGGGAGAAUAUUGCCACGCCAAUACUUGCAUUUGGCUGUGCUUUGAUUGUCUUUCUUAUAUUUGUCCUCCUUCUGGUCAUCGAUCAUGUGGUCCGUUAUCGAAAGAUGAUCAACAGAAAGAGGAAAGUUAAAAUACAAGGUGAACCCAUAACGCUUUAUUCAUCACCCGAUCUUCAAUCUGAUUGGACUAGUGAUCCAACAUUUAACAAUAAUAAUAAUUUAAAUUAUGGUAUUGUUGACUUCGUUCCUCCUGGAAAAGAAACUCCUUCAAUGGAAGAGAAAAAACCGGAUGAAGAAGACAUGACAGUCAGACCGCCGCAUAUUGGUGAACUUUUACAGUCUCGGCUGAACGAAGUGGAAGCACAAGAUAAUGAAGGUGUGGCGAAUGAAGAACCACUAGACUAUGCAUAUGAAGGACAAGAGAAUGAACGAAUGGAAAAUGGAGAUUUGUCAUCGGGUACCAGCUUACACAGUAUAUGAGAUACACAUUCUGCAUCCCUUCCUUACCAACCAACCAGCGAAGUAUUAUUGGAUUGCUUUAUACAGUGUCGACCAUGCUCACGAGACCUUCAUUCUACUGUUCACAGAAAGAUGGAAGCAAACAAAAAGUGUGACAUUUCUUCAUCACUAAUUCCUUUCACUCCACUCCCCAUAUCGCACCUCGUGUCACCACUAUUCCAGUUUACUUCACUCACUCACAGUAUUAUCAUCAUCAAACUUACUUACUUUGUAAAUAAAGUAACCAAA